AUGGGGUGCGUGGCUUCAAGACCCAAAGUUACUAUUGACGAGAAGCGCGCAUUGUUGGCAGAGUAUGCGUCAAAUGCAGUGCAUUUUGAGUGUGUCGACACAACGGAGCGGUUGAAUGCUCUGAGAGAGGCUAUGAAGGCAUGCUGUCUCGAUGCUUACAUCGUUGGUACGGAAGACGCGCAUGCAUCUGAAUACACGGCAAAUUGUGACAGAAGACUUGCGUAUAUUUCAGGGUUCACAGGAAGCACAGCUACCGUCGUGGUUCUUAUGGAUUCAGCACACUUUUUCACCGAUGGACGCUACCAUGUGCAAGCAGCGCACCAGUUGGGCGACGCUUGGACCCUCCAUAAGGUCGGCGAGCGCGAUGUGCCGAACUGGCGGGAAUGGCUACAUACAUUGCGGGAGGGAUCAUACGUGGGUCUUGACGCGAGGCUUAUUUCUUACAAAGAUGCAGUGGAAAUAAAAAAGUCGCUAGCCGCCCACUCCAUAACGCUAACGUUCCCAGAAAUUAACCUGAUUGACGAUAUCUGGGGCAGUGAGCGGCCGCUUCAAGUACUUUACCCGGUGCAAGAAUACAAGCUGCAGUUUGCAGGUGUGCACGCAUCAGACAAGAUUGCAAGGCUGCGAACGUGGUUGUUGGAAAAGGGCGAUGCUGCCUAUGUAAUUUCGGCUCUCGAUGAAGUUGCAUGGUUCCUCAACCUUCGCGGCGCAUCGAUUCCAUGCAAUCCUGUUUUUCCCGCCUAUGUCAUUGUAACGGCCCAAGAGGUUGCAUUGUUCGUGAACCCCCGCCUCAUCAUGCAGCACAUCCGGACAUACCUAGCCAAGUUAGGCGUCACCGUGUACGACUAUGAAGCUGUGUGGAAGUGGCUGCGAGACACAUCAGUGGGGCAUGUAUUUGUGGAUUCCAAGGCUUCAUAUGCACUUGUCACCGCAGCUGGGGAACGAAAUACAACUGUACAGAGCCCUGCUAGCCCUGUCGCCAUGGCCAAGGCCCGCAAGAACGUGGUCGAAAUCCUGUGCAUGACGCGCGCUUACAAGCGUGAUGGAGCAGCCUGGGUCAAGUGGGCAGCUUGGCUUGAGAGCGAGAUGAAUAACGGCGCCGAGGUGUCGGAGCGGGAUGCAGCGCAAGCCUUUGAGCGUAUUCGUGCAAAGGACCCCUUCUUUGCAGGCAUGCAAGCGUAUGACGCUAUCAGUGCAUCCGGGCCCAACGCCGCACUACCUCACUAUGAGACGCCGACAGAAAACUCCCGCAUUAUUGAUCGUAUGACUCCUUACUUGAAUGACUCUGGGCCUCAGUACUAUGAUGGCACGAUUGACACAACUCGCACUGUUCACUUUGGCACGCCGACUGAUGAACAGAAGCGCGCCUACACCCGUGUUCUGCAGGGUCACAUUGCGUUGGCAAUGGCUAAAUUCCCUUUAGGCACCACUGGCGCACAGCUCGAUAUGUUGGCCCGGCAGCCGUUGUACCAGGAUGGUUACAAUUAUUUGCACGGCACAGGCCAUGGUAUUGGUGCCUUUUUAAACGUGCACGAAGGGCCACAUGGGUUUUCGUCAUCGUCUGGAGGUGCGUCUGAACCAGUCGCUUUGCAGCCAGGCAUGAUCCUUAGCAACGAGGUACGUAUGGAUUCACAGGCUCUAGGGCCAUGCAUGAACAUGUAUUCGGCAGAAUAG